AUGACACCAUUUGUCUAUGGAAAGUGUAAGUUACUACUGGAAAUGGUACCUCAUGAUGAUGGAACAUCAUGAGUGGAAAUGAUACUGAGUGGACUAAUGCUAAUGGAGAAGAUAAUAAUGAUGAUGAAGAGAAUGCUGACAUUGACCCUCUUGACACACCUACUAAAGCCGACUCUUUAAGGGGUGAGCGGGAAACAAAAUUAUUUUUAGAUCUUUGCAAAGAUCUCAUCAACAAAAGAACAAAAAAAAUUGUUGCGUCAGGAGCAAAUUUUGUUAUCAUCUCAGACACUUUAAGAACAGUGCACAACAUACAAGUCUUUGAAAGCCAAUGUAGGGACCGCUUUAAGGGUCUGGCCAAGAAUUACGUCGAUGAAAAGAAAAAGGUAAAAACUAAGUGGGCUUACUUCAAUGACAUGGCCGUGUUGAAGGGAGAUCAGACUAGGGUUCUUCAGCAGAAAAGUCCUAAGAAGAUUCUUGCCACUAAAGCCAAAGUCAUGAACUUCAAGCCUCAGCGCCACUCAAAGAAGGCUUCUAAUGGGGGUUAUCAAAAGAAGCGUCGGCCGACCGGCCGACCGGCCGGCCGUCCGUCCGUCCGGCCGGCCGGCCGAUUUUCAUGCAACGACAGCUAGAGCUUCGAAACUCACCGAAAGUGUUGCUGCUGUUUUGUAUUACCGAACCAAAAGCUACUGAUGAUAACGGUGAUGAGUUUACUUUUAAAAAGAAGUUCGAAUGGUACCGCCAGAGAGCGCUAUGGCAAGUGUCAGUUGGAGUCGAUGUGGCCGUGCUUGUUUCCCCCGUUCAUACUUGAAUGCCACUGCUGCCCUGACUGGGAAAAUUACGCGUUGGAAGAAACGUUCGUUAGUUUCUGUCGCUGUGAUCAUUUGACGGUCUGCGAAGAACAGAAAGAUUUCCAAUUUCAUCAAUGGAUGACGAUAUUCUUCUGAACAUGAUUGCUGUCGCGGUCCACAUAGCUGUCGACAACAAUAACAUUGACGCUGUCGUAAACAUUCCUGGCAACUACUAUGCGGAAUUACCUCAGAGGCCACCAUCUGUUGAUAUUGAGGGUUGGAAAAGAUUGGGGGACCCAACAUUCAAGAAGCAGUUCCGCAUGGAUCGAACAUUGUUUGAGGUGCUUGUAGUAGAAGUUGGAACGCAUAUGGCAGCAACCAAUCGUUUAAUCCGACAAGGGAAGCCAAUUGAUGAAGCCCUCAUGAACACAAUAUGGACUUUGGCGAAUCCUGAUUGCUUCAGGUCAACUGGCGGUACUUUUGGAGUUUUAGGUGGCUCUAUUCACAAUCAGUAUAAGACCAUGAUCCAAGUGUUGGAGGAGCUAAAGUCAAAAUACAUCAGAUGGCCCUCUGCUUUAGAACAAGAAGUGAUUGCCAGAGAGUUGUAUGGAUAUCCAGGUGUGAUAGGGUGCAUUGAUGGGUCUUUCAUCAGCACUUACAAACCCAUGGAUGAGCCACAACGCUACAUUAACAGGCACCAUGAGUAUAGCGUCAUAGUUCAUGCAGUUUGCGACCACAACCUCUUGUUUCGUGACAUUUAUGUGGGUGAGCCAGGAGGUGUGGGGGAUGCAAGGACAUUCCAAAGGAGUCCCCUUUUCCAAACUAUGGUCACUCGUCCUGAGCUCAUGGAUGAUAAGCAUCUUUUGGGAGAUGGUGCUUAUCCACUUUUAUCCCAGGUCAUUACACCUUACCGUGAUUUGGGAAAUCUUACGCAGCGUCAAAGGCACCACAACUAUUACCUUUCAAGAACUCGAGCAUGCAUUGAAAGGGCAUUUGCACUCUUGAAAGGUAAAUGGCGCCGGCUCAAGUUCUUCCCAUGCUACCGGAUAGAGUAUCUGAUAGACAGCAUUGUGGCUUCAAUGGUUCUCCAUAACUUCAUCAUCCUGGAAGGCAGGGCUUAUGAAGAGGAUGAUAAUCCUAUUGAACCAAACAUCAAUGUACCCUUCAAUGACUUGUUUGAGGAGUCCAGGAGGCUUGGCAUACUGAAAAGGGAAUACAUUUCAAUUGAAUUGACUCCUGAUUAUUAGUUAGUAGUGAGACCAGAUCAUUCAGACCUGCUGUUGGAUUGUACAGGGUUUAAUUGUCUGGGCAUUAUAUUGUAUUGUUUAGCAAUAUGUUAAAGAAGACACCUUAAUUGUUAUUUUUGAUUUCUUUAAGAAAAAGAUUUUUAAUACCACGUUGUUACUAGUGUUAUAAAUCAGUUUUGUUAAACAACAUAUUGUCUAUGUUAACCUUAACACAUUAACAGCAGAACAAGCAAACAUUACAACAGAAAAUUAAAUAUCAAAGAAAAUAAAACAUGUUAUAUAUC